CGGCUCCUCGCGCGUUCAUAACUUUGUGACCUUCCGCCAUAGUUUCCUUUAUAUCGAAACAAUUAUUUGCAAUCUGAAAUGUCAUGAAUUCAAACAUGUUUCCAUGGAGCAGCUUUCAACCAAACAUAAAGUUGCAUAAAAGGAGAAAGUGGAAGUGAAACAUAGCAGGCAGUGGAACGAUAGCAUACUAACGAGUAGCAGCGUUUUGUAUCUCGGAAAAUGUUGAGCUACUUUUUGCGUAUCAUUCGAAAAUCAUCAAUAAUUGACCAAGAAUUUAGCCAUGGGUGGUUGCAAUCAGUCCAAAGUUCUGCUGGCUUCGUCUCCAGCCGAUGAUUUUUCUUCGGGUGUGAUAAAGAACAAGUCCCUCUCCUGGAAAUUCCUCAAGAACUGUCCCAACAGGAUUCGGGUAGCCCCUGCCCUGCCCGAGGACCAGCAAACCACCGAUGUGCCACGGCGCGCAAUUGUCGAUAUCAACAAGCCGCCUUCUCCCAUCCGCUCUCGCUUGCGUGCCAGUCAUGACAACGGCCCAUCACCAACGUUCAGUGAGGUCAGCUUGUCUCCUUACAUGAUCACUGAGGACACGGCUGAUGGAGACGAGUUGCUAGAGCUUGAAACUGCCGAACGCCCACCUACACCGGAUCUCUGCAUCUUGGGCACUCCUCUUUUUGCAAAGAAGAUUAGCAACAAGAAGAAGCUCCAUGCUCGCCAGGAAAGCCAGGAGAUCCUUUGUGAGCUCCGCAAUGCUGGUAUUGUGGUUCGCCCUGAGACACGCGCAGGAGGUGUCGCCUACGAGUACUUCGUCAAAGAGAAGUUUGGCUUACUGAAGAAACCGCCAGCUCGCUUGGAGAAGCUGAAGAAAGCGAAGAAGAUGAGAGAGGCACGAGGUGAUGCCAAGCUGAGAGAGGAGAUAGACAGUCGCAUGCAGAUAGCUGAAGAACGUCGCAAGAAUGUUCUUGACAAGGUUCGCAUCCAGCAGACUCAGCACUUGGUGUUGGACAUCCGAAGGGCCCGUGACAACUCAGCCGCUCUUGAGGAGGAAAAGAUGCAAGCAACAGCAGAGCGCCUCCAACAGAAGGAGAUCAUGUCUCAGGUUAUGCAGGGUCGUGCCACCGUCAACCGUGACCUUCGCAACAUGCAGAAGAAACACCACCAUACCGAAGUGCGCCUUCGUGCAGCCCUGAAUAAAACGGCCAAGAAAGACGAAGAGCUGUGCGAAGCGAGGAAAAUCAUCGUAGUAUCACCGAUGAGAGGCGUGGAACAAGACCAGAGCGAGGAGGAAGAAAUGGCGGGCGAGCCCAUGUCCAAUUGAACAACCAACAGCAGUUGGGGAAUAAUUACACGUAUUUUACUUGUGUUCUACAUACACACCAAUAUUGGGGAUGAUGUUAACAUUUUGUGCUGUGUACUUCAAGGGGGAGGGUUCAAGUUGAAAAAAAAAUAUUUAAAAAAGAGAAACGGAGGGGGAGAUUUCAUAACAGAUGUAGAUCACGGCUGUCACGGACAAAUUGAGAGGGGAAAUGUUAAACAGAAAUGCAAUGAUCUGAUGUACAUUUAUCCUUACUAAUAAAUCUAAAUUCAGCCGGGAGAAGUUUGAAGAAUAAAACUGGACAAUUUGAUCUUUUCAUCAAGAGAAUUUUAGGAAGCCGUUUGAGGACGAGCCGAAUACCACUUCAACAAUGAACAACACUACAUCUCUACAUAAAAUUAAUAAAAAUAAUCAUCCCUGCCCCCAACGCUCAAUAAAACUGCACUUCUAAGAAGAUGAAUCUGA